GAAACCAAGAAGUAGUUAAUCUUCUUAGCCUUCCUUUUUGUUUCUUUGUAACUUAAUUAGUUUUUAUUAUGAUCCACAUCCUAAGUUCAAUCAUUUCAAACCAAAACAUCAAUGACACUUCUGUUCCUAAAGAUAUCGAUAAAGCUUGCCGAAGGGCUGCACCUUGGCCGCCUGCAGUAAGCGAGGAAAAGCAUGCAGCGGUGCCCGUAACUGAGGAUCAGGUAAGGGGUAUCUUUAAUCGCUAUGACGCUAACAAUGAUGGCCGUCUUAGCAAGCAAGAGCUUAUAGACGCCUUUGCCAGCCUGGGUUCACGUAUGCCUACCGUGCGAGCGUUGCUAGCGCUACAUCAUGCAGAUACCGACCGUGAUGGCUACAUCACUAAGGCAGAGUUUGAGAAACUUGUAAAAUAUACUUUGAAACGCGGUUACAUAUUCAAAUAGAUCAAUCAACAACUCAAAGUGACAGACUGACAACUUACAAGAGUUAAAAUAGUUUUGGUAGCUGCUUCCUUCUUCCCUUGCAGAUUAGACUAGAUGGUGUUUGCUAGCUUUGGUUUUGGCCAGAAAAGGGAAGGAAAGAUUUGCUAUAGCCCAGAAAAGCUAAGAUGAAAAGUAAUUUAAUUUGUGUAUAUUCAUCUUAGCCUGUUCUUUUUUAUUUUCUGUUUUUAGAUGUUUUCUGGUGUGGUGAAUAGGUUGUGUAUUUGUAAUCUGCCACUGUAAUGGAUCUGUAGUUCAAUAUUAUACAUGUACCUUUUAGCAAGAGAAAUAUGGA